GUUAGCUUAGCGUGGUCCGGCGGUGAGAUUACCGGAAUGAUGAACUCCGCGGGAGGAGAUGCCUCGCCGGCGCCGGCUUCACCGGCCACGAAGAAACCGGAGAGGCCGCCGUCCACCUUCUCGGUGACCUGCAACCUUCUGAGCCAGUAUCUCAAGGAGCGCAAGACCGCCGGUUUCGGAGAUCUAGGCCUUGGGAUCGGCGGCUCCGAUCGAGUUAGAACAACGCCGACGACGAUGAGUUUGAUGCCGGGGGUGAACAUCUCGGGAAACGAGGAUGGAGAGGGGGGAAACGAGGGUGGGAAGGGAAACGCGUUGAGAAACGUGGAUCUGGAGUUGUUUCCCCAGCGAACCGGCUUUGCGUCUUCAGAAGAAGCCGCGGGAAAAACCGCCGGGGAAGUUCAGGAAAAAUCUCAGUUAACAAUAUUCUACGGAGGAAAAGUUUUGGUCUUUGAUGAUUUUUCUGAAGAUAAGGCCCGGGAGAUUGUAAACUUUGCUAGCAGAGCUUGUGAGGCUUUGCUGAAACAGAGCGUUGUUUCUCCGGUGAGCCAUGUUGAUCAUCCAAGUGGCGCCUCACAGCACAACGCUGCCAGCUUCCCUUCCACCUCCGGGUGUUGUCCGCCGGUUGCCGAGCAACCCUCAAGCCUUGCACAAGCUAGUGGUUCAGAGAUGCCAAUUGCAAGGAGAGCAUCCCUUCAUAGGUUCCUUGAGAAGAGAAAAGAUCGUGUGAUUGCAAAGGCUCCAUAUCAGUUGAAUGCUGCUCCGCCACCUCCGGCGGAGGCCACCGGUGCCGCGAAGCCAGAGGAGAGCUUGCGGUGGCAUGGUUUUAAGCCAUGAAAGAAUGUUGUUGAGAAACACUGGUGUUCUGUAUUUGCUGUUCUUGUUUCAGCUGCUGACAAGAGUUAAAUUAUUGUGCUUUUUUUUGGUCAGUGAUUUCUGAUCACAAGUAGAUCUCAUAGUCAUAAUUUGGUAACUGAACAGUAUAUAAUAUUGAAUAUGUAUCACAUGUGUCACAUUCGUCCUUUUAAUAUUUAUCACGGCCAGGAAAUAAUUUCACUA